CAGUUCCAGUUCUCGUUCAGCUCCAAUCGGCAUCGGUUGUUCCCAUCGCAAUGACAAUCUCGCGGCUGACCUUCCUCGGCCUUUGUCUCAAUCUGGUUCUCUGCUCGGCGUUGCAAGUUCCGCAGCACAAUUGCGAAAGUUAUUUUUCGUACUACAGAGAGGACAGUGGGGCCUACAUUGGCGUUUUCACGGCUCCCCGCCCUGGAAUCAAUAGUUUAUCAUGGGAGGUGGUCUUCACGGCUCACGGAACUAACCAAGCGCACACUGUCAGCUCUCUUAUGCCGUAUCCCACUAAAACUCGGGCCUUCGAAAAUAUUCACAAUGGAGAACGUGGGCAAGUGUUUGUGCGCUUCCAGGAUUUCGGGAAUGAGCUACCCAAACUUACCCACGCGGAAUUUAAUGGACAGGUUUUGUGCCAAAACAAUGAAUACGAUGCCCCUUCCAGCACAAUGACCAGAAGGCAGUCGAUGUCCACCUCAACGCCCAUUAGUCAACACUCCGCUCCAAGAGAAAUGGCAGUGCCUCAGUCUCGUCCAAGACCGACCACAACGACCCAAAACGAGCUUAAUCCGUUCUUCAAUCGCCCGAGGCCACGGGUAGAGACUGACUUUGACCAAUGCGGAGUGGAGGGCUUUGCGCCCCUGCAGAUCGGAGGUGAACAGGUGACCAGGGGUCAGUAUCCCUGGCUGGCGGCCCUCUACGAGGGUGAGUCUUCCGUCAAAUACAUGUGCGUUGUCUCGGUGAUCUCUAAACGGACUGUCAUCACGGCGGCUCACUGCAUUCACGGCAAAAGUGCCAACCAACUGUGGGUCUAUCUGGGCCGGCACGAUCGCAACGAGAAUCCGGAGAGCGGAGCUUCGUUGGUCAGUGUGGGCAGAGUGAUCACGCCACCCGCGUACGAGGGCAGUCCAGUUCCGGACACGGACGUGGGUCUUCUGGUGCUGAACCACCCGAUGGUGUACACCAAAUACAUUCAGCCCCUCUGCCUAUGGAGCAAAGAUUUCAGACUGUCCGCCAACGAGGGCGAGAGUGGCGCCGUGGCCGGAUGGGGAUAUGAUCGCACUGGCGAGAAGACCCGUUUUCCCAAGACAGUGAGUGUGCGAUUGGUGCCGCAGGCUCAGUGCCUCAAAGAGAUGAAGCGCGCGGAGGAUUUCCUAACGCCACGGACCGUUUGUGCUGGAAAUCCGGAGGCACAUGGUCCCUGCUUCGGAGACUCGGGGUCUGCACUGAUUGUGCUGCGAAAUAACCGGUUUUACAUUCGAGCCAUCGUUUCCAUAUCGCCCCGCCAGGGAAAUAUCUGCGACCUUAGCAAGUACGUCAUUUACUGUGAUGUCUCCAAGCAUAUCGAUUGGGUGCGGGAAAAUAUGGUGAUGUAAGCAGAUCAUUUGGGUGUUCAAAUACUUUAAAUACUGGCAAGUUAUAUAAUAUUAAGUAUAACAUUUGCUGUAUUAAAUCUUUAAUAAACCAUUUAUUUUGGCUCCAAGGAUAGGCUUUUGCCAAGUUAGCGCGAAUAUUUUAAUUUUACACUAAAUAGACUUUCAUUAACCCAAAUAUAAGAAAAUCGUUCUAUACCUGAUGUUACUUCAGAUUUGCCAACAACAUGGAACAUUUAAUAUUAUGAAAUUAAUACUUAGUUAAAAGCUUCUGACUAAAUAAUCAGAUGUAUACAUUCACUGAUUAAAUGUGUUUUUAACAGUAA